AAAACUUGACAGCUCAGCGAGUAAAAGAUUGGAUAGUGGAGCAAAGAUUCCAUGUAGUCCUUUAGAAAAAGCUAGAGCCAAUUUACAUUUACAUGCGGCUCCUAAACAUUUACCGUGCCGUGAAGUUGAAUAUAAAUCUAUACAUUCUUUUUUAGUUAGAAAAAUUAAUGACGAGUUAACAGGGAGUAUGUAUAUUAGUGGUGUUCCUGGUACUGGAAAAACGGCAACAGUUAAGAGAGUAAUAGAUUCAAUAAAUGCUGAUUUAUUAAUGAAACACAGUUUUAAAUAUGUUGAAAUUAAUGGCUUAAGGCUUGCGAAUCCACACCAAGCAUUUUCAGUAAUAUGGAAAGAGUUAACCGCAGAAACAGUAUCAUCUUCACGAGCUCAAACACUUCUUAAUGACCAUUUUUCUAAUAAAAAAGUUAAAGAGUUAUCUACAAUUUUAUUGGUUGAUGAAGUGGACCAUAUUUGUAAUCGUAAACAAGAUGUUGUAUAUAAUAUACUUGAUUGGCCUAGUCAAACUGGUUCAAAAGUGGUUGUAAUAACAAUUGCUAAUACUAUGGAUUUACCUGAACGAGCAUUACGAGGAUGUGUAACUAGUAGAAUGGGAUUAACUAGAUUAGUAUUCAAGCCAUACACAUUUCAGCAGUUACAAGAAAUAAUCAUGAAUAGAUUGAUUGGUAAUUCUUCGUUUGAUCCAGACGCUGUUCAAUUGGUAGCAAGAAAAGUAGCAGCUAUAUCAGGUGAUGCAAGACGAGCUCUGGACAUAUGUCGGCGUGCUAUUGAUUUAGUCAAGUCUGAAGAUGAAUCACAAUUAAUAACUAUUAACCAUGUUAAUCAGGUGUUAAAUGCAAUACUUUCUGGUGUCCGUGUAACAGCUAUCAGGUAUAAUAGUUUUACAUGUUGUGUAUUAUUUUUAUAUUAUUGUCAUUCUAUAGUAAAACUUUGACUAGUAUCAUAGAAC